GAGCAGGACUCGGUCAAGGUGGCUCUGCUGGAGACCAACCCGUACCUGCUGGCCCUGACCAUCGUGGUGUCCAUCGUGCACAGCAUCUUCGAGUUCCUGGCCUUCAAAAACGACAUCCAGUUCUGGAACAGCCGGCAGUCGCUGGAGGGGCUCUCGGUGCGCUCGGUUUUCUUCGGGGUGUUCCAGUCGCUGGUGGUGCUGCUCUACAUCCUGGACAACGAGACCAACGUGGUGGUGCAGCUCAGCGUCCUCGUGGGGCUGCUCAUCGACCUCUGGAAGAUCACCAAGGUCAUGGACGUCAGGCUGGACCGGGAACAGCGUCUGGCCGGGCUCCUGCCCCGGCCGCGCUUCACCGACAAAUCCACGUACGUGGAGAGCUCCACCAAGGUGUACGACGACAUGGCGUUCCGGUACCUGUCGUGGAUCCUGUUCCCGCUGCUGGGCUGCUACGCCGUGUACAGCCUGCUGUACCUGGAGCACAAGGGCUGGUACUCCUGGGUGCUCAGCAUGCUCUACGGCUUCCUGCUCACCUUCGGGUUCAUCACGAUGACCCCGCAGCUGUUCAUCAAUUACAAGCUGCAGUCGGUGGCGCACCUGCCCUGGCGCAUGCUCACCUACAAGGCCCUCAACACCUUCAUCGACGACCUCUUCGCCUUCGUCAUCAAGAUGCCCAUGAUGUACAGGAUAGGCUGCCUGAGGGAUGACGUGGUGUUCUUCAUUUACCUGUACCAGCGCUGGAUUUACCGCGUGGACCCCACGCGCGUCAACGAAUUCGGGGGCACCGGGGAAGCCCCCCCGGGCCGCCCCUCCCCCCCGGCGCUGCCCCCCGGCGCCCCCGAGGACAAAAAAAACGAUUAAAAAAUAACAAAAAAAAAUUAAAAAUAUAAAAAAAUAUAAAAAAAUCCCCUUCCCCCCCACCCACCCCCACACACGCACCCAGAACGUUCCAGAACUUUCCCCACCCCCAUGAUGGGGGAGGGGAGGGGGUGGGGAAGGGGCGGGGCCCCCUCCUGCUCUUCCUGGGUUCCUAUUGGCCAGACGGGAUUUUG